AGUGUUUCUUGGCGGUGUGGCGGCCGGCAGGGUGGUGCGUUUCGGGUCUGUGGGUGACGCCCACCUCUUCCGCCUCUGAUGGCGGCGAGAGGCCUGCUCAGCACGUGCGAGUGGCACCAGCUGCUCACCGCUGCAGCCGCGACAUUCGGAGGUUUUCCGGUGGGCCUGGCGCUGGGCUACACAAGCAGCGCUCUGCCACAGCUGAGGGACUCUCCGCUGCACGUGACUGACCAGCAGGGCUCGCUGGUCGGCUCGAUGGUGCCGCUGGGCGCGCUGCUGGCCGCCCCGCUGGCCGGCAACGCCAUGCAGGCGCUGGGCCGCCGCUCGGCGCUGGUGCUGGUCUCUCUGCCGGCCGUGCUGGGCUGGCUGAUGGUCACCUACGCCGGCUCGCUGACCGUUCUGCUGCUGGGCCGGCUGCUGACAGGCGCCGCCGUCGGCUGGACCACGGUGGUCGCGCCCACGUAUGUGGCUGAGGUGACGACGGCUAGUCUCCGCGGCCCUUCUGGCGCAGUGUUUGAGCUACAGCUCAACAUGGGCGUGCUCCUGUCGUACGUGGUGGGCAAGUACGCCGACUGGCGGCUGCUGGCCGCCCUCUCCGGCGCCGUGUCGGCGCUGUGGCUGCUGCUGGUGACGCUCAGCUGCCAGUCGCCGCUGUGGCUGGCGCAGCGCGGCCGGCUGGCCGAGGCGCGCGCCACGCUGCGCUGGCUGCGCGGAGAGCUGGCUGAUGUGGAGAGCGAGCUGGCCGCGCUGGGCACCGGCCGGGCCACCGGGAAGGCGGCGCUGUCCGAACUCAGGCGGCCAGAGUACCGACGGCCGCUGGCGCUGACGCUACUCGUCGUCAUUAUGCAGCAGGGCUGCGGUGUCAACAUCAUCACCUUUUACGCAGCGGAUAUAUUCGAGGAGGCCGGCGGGGCCAUGGACUCGAGCACAGCGGCUAUCUACUCCGGACUGACAAAAGUUUGCACAACAGCCCUGGGGGUGGCAGCCGUGCACAGCCGCGGCCGAAAACCGCUCCUGGUCGCCUCCUCUGUCAUCACAGGAGCCAGCCUGGUGGUCCUGGGCGUCUUCUUUAGGCUGAAAGACACUGGGCAGGACGUCUCGGCAAUCGAGUGGCUGCCGCUGACGUCUGUCGUUGUCUUCCUCCUGGGCUUCGGCAUCGGCUUCGGCCCCAUUACCUACCUUUACAUGGGGGAGAUACUCCCACCUGAUGUUAAAAACCUCGCCAGUGGUAUCGCCAUCUUCUUCAACUGGGGCACCUCGUUCCUGACGACGCUGACCUUCGAGCCGCUGGAGGAUGCCAUCAGCCCGGCGGGUACGUUCUGGAUGUACGCCUGUCUCUGCCUCAUCGGCGCGGUCAUCUUACAGCUGACAUUGGUCGAGACUCGGGGCAAGACGCUGGAGCAGAUUCAGCAGCACUUUGACACGGGAAAGGACGUGGAGCCGAGGGACGCAUCAAGUCAGGACAGCAGGGGCAGUGACGGAGCUUUGAAAGGAUAGCGCGCUGUGCCAGGCAGGUACGAAAGAUUGAAUUAUUCUGUGGUUGUCAUCAGGCAUAGAUGUCAGGGUAGUGUAGAUGAAGCAAUGUUAAGUGCCAGUAAAGCGGACUGAAGUUAUCCAUCAAGUAAAUGCCAUGCUUGAGCGCUGCCUUUCUGCAUUGUGCCAACUUUCAAAAGGCGGAGGUGGUGCGAAAUGUGUGCGACGUGAAUGCAUUAGUACGUAGUGUUUCUAGUAGAUGCUUUUCUAUAUACUGUGGAUCAAUGACAAA